AUGAAUCUGGCAAAUUUGUAUUUGAAUUUAGUGUAUGCAAUUGAUAUUUUUCCUGUAUUAGACUUUUUCAAAGAAAGAGGAGUUAAAUAUGUCAUUAAUGCAAAUUGCAAUAACCAAGCAAAAAUUAUAUGGCACAAGUUAUUUAAUGAAAAUAAUAUUAUAGGGGCAAGUAUUGAUAUAGAUAAUGCCAAUGUAAAAGAGUUAGUUUAUACCCAUAACAAAUUGGGAAUAUUUCUUAACACUUCUUGUGAGGAUUGGUCAGAAGCUUUCAAUAAUUUCCCAGGAAAUAUUUAUUUCAAAAGUUCAUUUACUUGGUUAAUAUACACCGAAGAUAUAGUGUCUACCACUAAUGUGUUAUCUAAUUAUUCUAUAGAAAUAGAUUCAGAUGUAACUGUGAUCUCAAAAUUUAAUGAUAAUUACAAAUUUUAUGAAGUGUUUCAUACAGAUUAUUUUUAUGGUAAGUUUUAUGUGAGAUAUGUUGGUUAUUGGAAAAAGAACUUGAAAUUGAAUAAAAUUGACAAAAGGAGUUUGACUGGUUUAAGUAUUAAAUGCUUUGUGGUAGUCACAGUUAAGUUAGAAAACGAAACAUUUGAGCAAUACUUGUACCAGCCCAAGAAUUAUACAGGUGAUUCAAUUCAUCGACUGAAAUUUGUCACACUCUUAAAUCAUAUUCGUGAUAUGUACAAUUUUAGCCUUGACCUUCAACGCACAAAUUCUUGGGGAUAUCGCCGAAAUAAUGGUCAGUUUGACGGGGUCGUUGGUACUUUGCAGCGUCGUGAAGCCGAUAUAGGAGGGUCACCCUUAUUUUUUAGAACCGAGAGGGCACAAUUGGUCGAUUAUAUAGCAGAGACCUGGCGGUGUAGACAGUGUUUCAUAUUCCGUCACCCCAAGCAUCCUGGAGGUUUCUAUACAAUUUACACGAGACCAUUGACUGCCAGAGUUUGGUAUUGCAUAUUGUCCAUAUUCGCAUUAUCGGCAGUCAUACUUAGCUUGAUGUUAAGAAAUAUGUUCCCAAAACCUGGCAACGAGAGCGCGGACUCCUCAUUUAGUCUGACCCUGUUAUUCAUAUGGAGCGCGAUGUGCCAACAAGGCAUGUCGGUAAACCGAAGUGCCAUGUCAGUCAAAAUGGUGGUGUUCGUAAUAUUUAUUUACGCUGUAACAAUAUAUCAGUAUUACAACGCUACAGUAGUGUCCACUUUGUUAAGGGAGCCACCGAAAAAUAUUAGAACUUUAGAGGACCUCGUUAAGAGUAAUCUGAAAGCUGGAGCUGAAAAUGUUCUUUAUGCCAAGGAUUUCUUUAAGUAUACAACUGAUCAAGUAGCUUUAAAAAUGUACCACAAAAAGAUUGUUCCCGAGCACCAGUACAACUUUUACACAGCAGAACGCGGCAUGACUCUCGUGAAACGAGGGGGCUAUGCAUUUCAUGUGGACAGCGGGUUGGCUUAUAGAAUUAUGAGGCGUACAUUCAGUGAGAGGGAAAUUUGCGAGGCAUACGAAAUAUUGUUAUAUCCACCGCAGAGAUUGGGAUUCGUUGUGAGGAAGUCCUCACCAUAUAAGGAACACUUCAUUUAUGGGGUUAGAAAAGCCUUGGAGUCUGGCUUGAUGCAUCGAAUGAAAUCAGUAUGGGACGCUGCGAAGCCACCGUGCGUUCAUACGCCAGACAGUAGCAUAUUCUCAGUCUCUAUAAGAGAGUUUUCUACAGCCCUCCUGGUGCUAUCAGGAGGAAUGGUAGUCUCAUUGAUAAUACUGCUGGGCGAAAUAGUGAUCUACAGGCAACAGAAAAAACGUAUAGCGUAUCGGCAUUAA